CGUCAUUUGUGGAAGCAUCUGUUGGCUUGGGUGAUGAGACUGGAGUAGCCAUCAACAUCAGAUGUCCAUCAUUCAGAGUUUCCUAACUCGAUCCUUUUUUAGAAGGGAAUGGAGUCUGACAAUUUGUGUUGCGCCAUCUGCAUAGAGAAAUUUCGAGUGCCUGUCACCAUCCCAUGCGGUCACACUUUCUGUCAGCAAUGUAUCAGUAAGCUGUGGGACACCAAGGAGGAAAAGGGCAGUGUGUCUCAGUGUCCACUCUGCAACGAAGAGUUCCCGACCAGACCGGCGCUGAAGAGGAACGUCUCGCUGUCCAUGCUGACUGAAGCCACGGUGUCCGUUUCCAGAGAGCUGCCCUCGGUGUCCAGGGCAGAACGGCCUGAUCCGGAGCAGGAGUUCUGCGGUCGGCACGACAAACCUCUGGUCAUUUACUGCAAGACUGAAAGGAGAUGCGUGUGCUACGAAUGCGCCAUCACUGCCUGUAAAAAUCAUGAACAUGUGGUAGUGGAAGAGGAGAGGAAAAGUAGAGAGGCUGGCCUGAAGAAGAAGGCGGUGGAGAUCAAAAAGCACAUGGAGGAGACAGAGAAAAACAUUGUGAAACUGACGGAGAACAUCGCCAACGCUAAAGUAUCGUACCAGCAGACGGCCCAGUGGAUGGACCUGCGGUUCUGUGACCUGCUGAAGGUCCUGCAGGAGAAGCAGGAGGCGACCCAGAGCUACGUGGCGCAGGAGCAGGAGGCGGCGCUGGGCCAGGCCCAGGAGCGGCUGGAGGAGCUGCAGGAGCGCUCACAGAGACUCCAGCAGAGCCACGAGCAGAUCGCAGAGUUCAGGACGCUACCGCACAGCAGGCUCAUACAGGAGUCUCGACUGGUGGAGGUACCUCAGAUGCAGGACGUUCCUGUGGACGUCAACGUCAAUCUGCAGGACAGACUGGCAGGUGUCACCGACAUCCUCACCCGAAUAUCCAAACUGGUCCUGGAGGACCUGGUAAAGGCCAUGGACACUGCUAUCGGACAGGACAAGCAAGGAUCUCCUCAGGAUAAGAAGCCCACGCUGGCCGUCGUGCCAAGCCCUGCCACCCCCUCCUACCCCGGGGGCCGAGAGGGACUCAGUGAGUAUCGCUGUUCACUGACCUUCGACCCCCGAACGGCCAACUCCCACCUGCAGCUGUCGCUCAGCAACCGCCGGGCGGAGCACCUGACGACGGGGCCGCGGCCGGUGCCGGUGGACAAGGCGCGUUUCGACCACACCUGGCAGGUGCUGUGCCACGAGGGCUUCCACCGCGGACGCCACUACUGGGAGCUGGAGGUGUCCAAGCCCUGGGCCUACCUGGGCGUCACCUACCAGGCCAUCCCGCGCAAGGAGAAGGGCAAGCAGUGCAUGGUGGGCAUGAACGAGCUCUCCUGGAGCCUGCAGCUGGACGAGCGGCAGCUGAGCGCCUGGCACGCCGGCCGCCGGGAGACGGUCGCCGCGGCGACGCACCACCCGCCGCACCUGCCGCUGCGCGUGGGCAUGCUGCUGGACUACGAGGCGGGCACGCUGACCUACUACGGCGAGGGGCAGGCGCGGCUCCACGCCUUCCACUGCGCCUUCUCCCAGGAGCUGUUCCCCGCCUGCUGGAUCGGAGAGGGCGUCAGCGUCACGCUCUGCCCGCCCUGACCAGACUCGGGGGGCCGUCGGGGCGAACCGGACCGAGAGGAAGGACAACCACGCCAGAACUGACUUGGACACAAUGGACCCCCCCCUGGUUUUGGACUGAGCUGGCUGACCACCUGAGACAAUCGUUUCUUAAAAGCAAGCAAGCAAACGUACGUACUUCCACAGGCCAGUGGGAAAACACUGCACAACAAAAAAGGGAUCGUGUGCGUAGCAUCUCUGUGAGCGGGUACAAGAAGAGGAAGAAACAUGGAAAAAAAAAACACAACACAAAAACUCAUGAACAACCCUGUAGAAACACAAGACAAAAGCAAAAAAAGACCAAAAUAAAUAAACAAAUAAACCCAUGGCUCCUGUAGAAACCCCUUUCUGUAGAUCUCCACCUCAGAGGUACAGCACUCUUGUCCAUCAGCGCUACAGUACACCCCCCUCUGGGCCUCUGGGCCGACACAUGAGCCUGUGGGCCGUGUGGACGCAGGACAGCUUUGCACCUAGACAGAGACUCUAAUCUACUGGGAAGGCUCUGUAAGAGCAACACACACACACACACACACACACACACACACACACACACACACACACACACGAUGAACGAGAGCAACCUCCCAUGCUAUAUUGUCAUCUUCCCCACACACUCCUGACCAGACAGUGUUCCACUCAAGUAGUAACGGUACAGUACUGUAAUGUUUCCUCCUGAGGAAAAGAAAACAUGAUCCACUCAGAGUUUGUUGGAUGAAAAACAAACAAACAAACAAAAACAAACAAACAAAAAAAUAAAAAAAUAAAACAGCCGUCUUAAAGAAAUCCACAAGCAUUGUUUCACU